GUGUACGAUUGUGGCCAAUCCUAGUUCGUUUUUGUGAAAUUAAAAAAUAAAUAAUAAAAAAAUUUAAAACAAAACAAAAAAGAAACAAAUGUAACGGAUUCACCAUUUGCCAUUUCGCGCCUCCAAUACCCCAUUCCUUCCUUCUCUCUCUCUCUCUCCCGCCCUCUCCUCUCCUUUCCGAUCCAAUUCGUUCCUUCCUCGAUCUCCAGCUUCCAAAUCCAUCAACAAUUUGAUGCUAUGAAGGAACUAAACGUAUCGUCUAUUUUGGCAUCGGAAGAUUUUCGCUGAAUCUUUUCUUUCUUUUGUAUAAGCAAUGGGAUUAUCUUCCGAUAAUAUCCAUGGCCUCAUUCUCGCUGUCUCUUCGAGUAUCUUCAUCGGUAGUAGCUUCAUUAUCAAGAAGAAAGGUCUCAUGAAAGCCGGUGCUUCUGGAACCAGAGCAGGUUCUGGAGGAUAUUCGUAUUUGCACGAGCCUAUGUGGUGGGCUGGGAUGAUAAGUAUGAUUAUUGGAGAGGUUGCUAAUUUCGCUGCUUAUGCUUAUGCUCCUGCAAUUCUUGUGACUCCUUUGGGAGCUUUAAGUAUAAUAUUCAGUGCAGUACUAGCCCAUUUCAUUUUGGAGGAGAGGCUACAUAUCUUCGGCAUGCUCGGGUGUGUUCUGUGUGUGGUGGGAUCAACAACUAUUGUUUUGCAUGCUCCUCAGGAGAGAAACAUUGAUUCUGUCAAGGAAGUUUGGAUGCUUGCUACGGAGCCAGGUUUUCUAGUAUACUCGGUGAUAGUUUUGGUUCUAGUUGCUGUUCUGAUUGUUCGAUAUGUGCCAAAAUAUGGACAGACCCACAUGGUUGUUUAUGUUGGAAUUUGUUCUUUAAUGGGUUCUCUUACGGUUAUGAGCGUUAAAGCAGUGGGAAUUGCACUUAAGCUGACAUUCUCCGGGAUGAAUCAGUUUAAGUACUUUGAGACGUGGUUUUUUACAAUCGUUGUGAUAGGAGGUAGCAUUUUGCAGGUGAACUACUUAAACAAGGCUUUGGACACGUUUAACACUGCUGUAGUCUCUCCAGUUUACUAUGUGAUGUUCACAUCACUCACCAUUCUUGCCAGUAUGAUUAUGUUUAAGGAAUGGGAUUCACAAAGUGCAUCACAAAUAGCUACCGAACUAUGUGGUUUUGUUACCAUUCUUUCGGGAACUUUUCUGCUGCAUAAAACCAGGGAUAUGGGUAACACGUCCUCCUCCGAAGUCUCAGCUGUUGCUAGGUCGCCGAAACGACAUAAUACCAACAACACAAAUUCUGACUAGCACACAGCAGCCAUUGUAAACAAAAGUUAAAAGCAGCAGAGCAUCACAGGCCCAAUCUUUUCCCACCAUCCAUCCAUAUACCCCCCCACAAGUAUGUCUUUGUUUAGAAUUGCAAGUUCUCUCUCAGAGCUCAUCAUCCAGGAAUAUCAUUGGUAGGGGGCAAUUUUUUGGAUGGAAGAUUCUUGUUAUUUUGUUGCACCAAGCCAAACCAACUGGCAGGCACACUGCUUCUCACGUUUCAUCUUGUGAGGUACAAAUUUAAAUACUAAUUUUAAAAAAGAAAAGAACAGAAAAUAUAUAUUACAGAUUGCAUUAAACAAUGUAAGGUACUCAAUAGAAGUUACGAGGCUAACAUUUGAGGAUACAUUUCAAAUUUCUGUAGACAUCCUUGGUUUGGAUUUGGAUUUGGAUUUGGAUUUGGGAUUGGGUUUGGGUUUGGAUUU